AUGCAGGCCGUGCCUGAAGCAAGCACCAGCUCGGAGUCUAGCGGUAUGUCUGACAACCCAUCUUCCCACUCCGUAGAAAGUCACCUUCAAGGUCCCAACAAUACCAGACUUGCAUCCGCAGGAGAGAUCCAAGAAACCUUCCUCUCGUCCAUCUUCGAUCGUCCCUCCGCUCUUCCCCCCAAAAUUGAAUGCGAGGAUGAAAAAGUUGAUGCAAGUUGGACCAACCAGCUACACACAAGUAUUGACAUUAAGAGUGAACCCACUCCCCAGACGGAUGAGUCAGAACUCAGGUUGGGACGAGGAGGAGCAGAACACGAUUUGGAGAAUGAUAUUCGUGAUUUUCUCCUAAUAACAGCGCGAGUGAAGAGAGAGAACAUGAGCACUCCACUUCCCGACGAAUGUAAUGAAAAUUUGCUUGACCUAUCACUCACGAACAUCGAAAUUAAGAGGGAACCCCCUACCCAAACAAUCGAAUCGGAAUCAAAGUUAAUCGAACAUAUUAGAACGCACGCUCGUGAGAAAACAUUCAGUUGCAAUCAUUGCUCGGCCUCAUUUGCCAAUUUGAAGAGACACAUGCGAACGCACACUGGCGAGAAACCAUAUAGUUGCAGUUAUUGCACGGCAUGCUAUUCUCAGAAAAUUAAUUUGAUAAUUCACAUCCGGACGCAUACUGGAGAGAAACCAUUCAGUUGCAGUCACUGCACGGCAUGCUUUGCUCAGAAACGGUGUUUAACGGCACAUGUUCGCACGCACACUGGUGAGAAACCAUUCAAUUGCAGUCAUUGCACGGCAAGCUUUUCUCAGAAACAGUCUUUGACGGAACAUGUUCGCACGCAUACUGGUGAGAAACCAUUCAGUUGCAGUCAUUGCGCGGCAUGCUUUGCGCGCAAAAAUUCUCUAACGGCACAUGUUCGCACGCAUACUGGUGAGAAACCAUUCAGUUGCAGUCAUUGCACGUCAUGCUUUGCUCGCAAACAGUCUUUAAUAGAUCAUGUUAGCACGCAUACUGGUGAGAAACAAUUCAGUUGCAGUCAUUGCUCCUCCUCGUUCAACACAUGCUUUUCUCGCAAAAAUUCUUUAACGGCACAUAUUCGAACGCAUACUGGGGAGAAACCAUUCAGUUGCAGUCAUUGCACAGCAUACUUUGCUCACGAAUCUUCUUUAACGGCACAUGUUCGAACGCAUACUGGUGAGAAACCAUAUAGUUGCAGUUAUUGCACGGCAAGCUUUGCUCUCAAAAAUUCUCUAACGGCACAUGUCCGCACGCACACUGGUGAGAAACCAUUCAGUUGCAGUCAUUGCACGGCAAGCUUUUCUCAGAAACAGUCCUUGACGGAACAUGUUCGCACGCAUACUGGUGAGAAACCAUUCAGUUGCAGGCAUUGCGCGGCAUGCUUUGCUCGCAAAAAUUCUCUAACGGCACAUGUUCGCACGCACACUGGUGAGAAACCAUUCAGUUGCAGUUAUUGCACGGCAAGCUUUUCUCAGAAACAGUCCUUGACGGAACAUGUUCGCACGCAUACUGGUGAGAAACCAUUCAGUUGUAGUCAUUGCGCGGCAUGCUUUGCUCGCAAAAAUUCUCUAACGGCACAUGUUCGCACGCAUACUGGUGAGAAACCACAUAGUUGCAGUUAUUGCACGGCCUCGUUUGCUGAGAAAAGUAAUUUGAGAAUUCACAUCCGGACGCAUACUGGUGAGAAACCAUUCAGUUGCGGUCAUUGCUCGACCUCAUUUGUUAAGAAAAGUCAUUUGACAACACACAUGCGAACGCAUACUGUUGAGAAACCAUUCAGUUGCAGUCAUUGCGCAGCAUGCUUUGCUCUCAAAAGUUCUUUAACGGCACAUGUUCGCACGCAUACUGGUGAGAAACCAUUCAGUUGCAGUCAUUGUUCCUCCCAAUUCAGUGAAGAAGGUAACUUGAAGAGACACAUGCGGACGCACUAUGGCGAGAAACCAUUCAGUUGCAGUCAUUGCACGGCAUGCUUUGCUCAGAAACAGACUUUAACGGAACAUGUUCGGACGCAUACUGGUUAG